AUGACCAAGAAGACGGUGGUCAAUCUGAGUGAUGUGCCAUUGGAAGAAGCGGCUUUCUCGGCCCUGAGCAAGGGCCUCAACUUUGCUGUGGCUCCGGUGUCUGUUCCCGUCAAGGAUAUCCUGUGCAGGGUGGAGAAGGUGAUAGUGACCCUGCCUGUAGAGACCGCGGAAGAGAUCCGACAGGAGACGGUCAGGAUUCUGAAGAACUCCUGCAAACCAAAGGACAAUCUGACUGGUGCCGAGAGAAGAGCCCUUCGGUCCUUAAAAGCCAAUGAAACGCUCACCGUCCUUCCGGCUGACAAGGGUAAUGCGGCCGUGGUACUGUAUACGUCUGACUACAACCGAAAGAUCGCCGCUAUUUUGGAGGAUAAGGCCUAUAGAAAGUUGAAGAAGGAUCCUAUCGAUACCAUAGAGAGCAAGACUGUUCUUCUCCUGAAAAAGUCCCCGAUUGCUGAGGAGGUCUGCCAACAGCUAUGA